GUGGGAGGCGGGGAUAUUCAAAUGACGUAAAGGCCGAGCGUCAUGGGGCGGGGCGAAGGAAUUUCUUUCUUUCCGGCCUCUCCGGGGUCAGGGAAAUACCGCCCUCUUUCGGCCGAAACUGGGAAGUGCCUACCGUCUUCUACUAACAAAACUACGCUACCCAGACGCCAUAGCGGCAAAUCUUUCCACCUGAUUGGCCAACGAGUGCUUCCGUUUCUGGAGUGCUGGAAGAAGCAGGGAACGAGUGAGACAUGGGCGCUUUUGUAGGGGCUUCAGGAGGCAGAUCUCUCUUCUUGAUGCAGCGAAGUUCGGCCUCUGUGUUCUACCAUCGCGGAAUCAGUUCUGUUCUUUCCACACCGCAGAGAGGACCGCUUGACUGCUGUCUAUCACCAGAGCCUGCAAAUGUCUGCCAGAGAUUCCCUGAGCUGGCAAUGCCAUGGGGUCGCCAGCAGUUUCGCGCGAAAGCCCGUGGCAACGAGUAUCAACCCUCGAACCUCAAGCGGAAACACAAACACGGCUGGAUCAGACGCAUCCGGUCAGCCAGUGGGAUUGAGGUGAUUCUUCGACGGUUGUUGAAAGGCAGGAAAUCUCUGACCCAUUAAAAAUUCUCUGUGGCAAGAUCCAUCAGAAGCUGAACAUCCAGAGAAUCAGCCACUUGUCUUGUUGCUUUUGCUAUAACUAGAAAUGUAGAUCUUCCAUUCUUAACAAUAUUUCUUCGUGUGGGACCCGCUUGGAUUGGCUGUCAACGAUUUUUCUACAAUGAUUUGUUGACUAAGUCCCUUAUAGUCAAAACAAGUAACUCAGCAUUCUGUUUUCUUUUUUUAAAAAAGUGGAAUAUUUGACACGCAAUUAUUAAAAACUGCAUAUCUUGUGACAA